GCGGCCGUGGAGCACCCGGGAGCGGGCAGUCGUGGGGGUGGCGGGGACGCGGGCGGCCACUGCGUGGGGUGCAGGGCAGGCGGCCUCGCGGCUGCGCCUUCCUCGCGGAGCCCGAAGCCGACUUGGAGCGACUGCGGGGAGGCGACAGCCCCGGCGCACACCCGAGAAGAAGAAGCGGCGGUGGCGGCGGCGGCCCCAGCCAUGCUGUGCUAUGUGACGAGGCCGGACGCGGUGCUGAUGGAGGUGGAGGUUGAGGCAAAAGCCAACGGCGAGGACUGUCUCAACCAGGUGUGCAGGCGAUUGGGAAUCAUAGAAGUCGAUUAUUUCGGACUGCAGUUCACGGGUAGCAAAGGUGAAAGCUUAUGGCUGAAUCUGAGAAACCGGAUCUCCCAGCAGAUGGAUGGGCUGGCACCUUACCGGCUUAAAUUGAGAGUCAAGUUCUUUGUGGAGCCCCAUCUCAUCUUACAGGAGCAGACAAGGCAUAUCUUUUUCUUGCACAUUAAAGAAUCCCUCUUGGCAGGCCACCUCCAGUGUUCCCCCGAGCAGGCAGUGGAGCUUAGCGCCCUCCUGGCCCAGACCAAAUUUGGAGACUACAACCAGAACACUGCCAAGUACAGCUAUGAGGAUCUGUGUGAGAAAGAGCUCUCCAGCUCCACCCUGAACAGUAUUGUUGCAAAGCAUAAGGAGCUGGAGGGCAUCAGCCAGGCCUCUGCAGAAUACCAGGUUCUGCAGAUUGUGUCAGCAAUGGAGAAUUACGGCAUAGAGUGGCAUGCUGUGAGGGACAGCGAAGGACAGAAACUCCUCAUUGGGGUUGGACCGGAAGGCAUCUCAAUCUGUAAAGAUGACUUUAGCCCUAUUAACAGGAUAGCUUAUCCUGUGGUGCAGAUGGCCACCCAGUCAGGAAAGAAUGUCUACCUGACCGUCACCAAGGAGUCUGGCAACAGCAUCGUGCUCCUGUUUAAAAUGAUCAGCACCAGGGCAGCCAGUGGGCUCUACCGAGCCAUCACCGAAACGCAUGCAUUCUACAGGUGUGACACAGUCACCAGUGCCGUCAUGAUGCAGUACAGCCGUGACUUGAAGGGCCACUUGGCGUCUCUGUUUCUGAAUGAAAACAUUAAUCUUGGUAAGAAAUAUGUCUUUGACAUCAAAAGAACAUCCAAGGAGGUAUAUGACCACGCCAGGAGGGCUCUGUACAAUGCUGGCGUUGUGGACCUCGUCUCCCGGAACGGCCAGAGCCCCCCCAGCUCGCCCCUGAGGUCUCCUGACAGCAGCGUGAGCUGCAGCAGCUGCGAAGGCCUCAGCUGCCAGCAGACCAGGGCGCUCCAGGAGAAGCUGCGCAAGCUGAAGGAAGCCAUGCUGUGCAUGGUGUGCUGCGAGGAAGAGAUCAACUCCACCUUCUGCCCCUGCGGCCACACUGUGUGCUGUGAGAGCUGUGCAGCCCAGCUGCAGUCGUGUCCAGUCUGCAGGUCACGGGUGGAGCAUGUCCAGCACGUUUACCUGCCAACCCACACCAGUCUCCUCAAUCUGACUGUCAUCUAACUCGUCCUGCGCUGACUGGACACACCGUGUCCCCACAAGCCGCAGUAUUGUAAACUACAAGAAUAAUAACUUUGUGAAGAAAUAUUUCACUCUCAAUACCCAUCUGCCACAAGACAUUUUCAGAAAAGAAGAAAAGAAAAACAAGAAUGCAACCGCUCCUCUUCCGUGAGUAGAAGCAACAGCCCCCAUGGCAACCAGGAAGAACUCUGGGACAUGGACACAUUCCUUGGACUUUGAAAAAAAGGGUUUUUUUUGUUUGUUUAUUUGUUUGAUUGUUUUUUAUAAUCAAGUAAAGGAAUAGAUAAAAUCAUCUCUGUCAGUCAAGUGGCAACAUAGCCAACAGUGGUACCUUUUAGGAAAUGAUGUCAUAUGUCUCGGUAACUUCUCCCAAGGCAGCAGAUUUUGUAAGAGUUUUCAGACUUCCCUUGGUUCUUUUCAUAUGGUUAUGGAGUGCUGAAACUUUUUUAAUAGGAAUUCUUUUCUUAAAGAAAUAGUCCUCGUUAGAAUGUCAUUUCUGUCUUUAUAACAAGAACAACUGGAAAGCUAGCAGAUUGGAAAGCAAUCCAGGGGCUUCUCAAGGGUUGACAGCAACGUUGUCAGACGGAAAACAGUCUGGAUGAGAGUGAACAGGUAACUCGGCAUGGGUGGCCUCCUUCCUAGCCCCUCUGUUUCCCUCACCCUUGUCCUCUGGUGAUCAAAACGCUGCCAGUUUGGUUAACAAAGACUUACAUGCACUGCCUGGGCUCUUGAGCUAGUGGAGUAUUUGGAGACUGGAAAGGGAGAGUGUUUCGUUGUAAGGGACAAGCAAACAGAAAGAGAGAGGGAAAGCGAGAGAAGGGAGAGAGGGGAGAGAGAAGGGAGGGCCCGAGAGCCUCCUGUCGUGCUCGGUGCCUUUUCAUGUGCCCCAGCUGCACCCACGGCUGUCACUCUGCUUGAAGAUCAACCUCUCUACAGCCUUAGCUUAGGUUCCUAGGUAGAGUCUCCUUUGUGUAUGUUUUAGUCCACUGUUUGUGUUCUUAAGUCAGUGCUUCUGUGUCUAUUGCGUUGCCCCUCUGUGUCUUUCAGAGGUGGGGUUACUUCAUUCUGUUUCCAUAUUGUUAAUCAUACCCCACCCCACCCCCACCUGGGCAUUUUGGAAGCUAGUGAGCUAGGGGGUUUUCUAGGGUGUCAGGAAAGCUAGCUGACCUCAUCGGGUGCAAUACUGGCUAAGUUAAAGCUGGAAGCCUCCACUGUCACUUUACUGAGAUCUCUGAGUCUACGUUUCAUAUUGCCUUAAUGUAGCGGUAAUGUGUUUAUGCAUUUGUUUCUUUGCACAGACAUUUUGUCAGAUAUUAAAACUCUACUUUUUUAUGGCACAUAUUAGCAUAUAAGCCUUUAUUCCAAGAGGUAUUUAUUUUUUCACUUGUAAAAAAAAAAUAAUGUUUCCACAUAAAAACUCUGUUAUAUGCUAGAGGACUUCUGUCUUUUAUAUUCAGGAUAAUAAAGAAUUUAAAGCAAA